AUGAUGGACAGAAACAAAGGUGUUGAAGCAUAUACCAAUCACAUGGACUGUUACUACUCUACUUCUGAUUUUCUUCCAUGUAAGAAACAUCCUUCUUCUUCUUCUUCUGGUGGUGGUGGUGGUAUUUGUGCUUACUGUCUUAAGGAGCGUUUGGUGAAGCUUGUAUGUUCAGAUUGUGGGGAACAAAGGCUUUCAUCUUGUUCUUGUUCUGAUGAGAUCACUUCAAAUAGAAACUCAUGUUCUGUUGAGGUGGGAAGUGUUGGCAGGGUUUCUUUUCUUAUUGAGAAUGAGAAGAAUCAGACAAACCUGAUACAGCAUUUGAGUUCCAAGGCCAAGAUGAAUGAGAAAGAAGAAGAGGUUGUGGUGCUGAGAAGAAGCAGCAGCAGCUGUGUUGAUAUAAAACGGCAUGGUUUUUGGAGAAUUGGGAAACUAUUUAGGAAGAACAAGAAGAAGGAUUGUGGGACAAGUGUUGUUGGGUUUGAUGACAACAAGAGUGAGAUGUGGAUGGUGGAUCAUCAUCCUCAUGGGGGUGUAUCAAGGUCAAGAUCUCUUUGCAGUUUCAGAGGUGGUGCUAUAUUUGGAUCUGAAGAUGGUGGUGAUUCAGUUUUAUCAGGUGCUAGAAGUUCCAUUUCUGCAGCUAGAAGCUCUGGUGUGAAUGGCGGUUUGAUGUUAGAAUCUGGUAGGAGAAGUGGUUACAGUGAAGCGGAGCCAAGAAGAAGUGAUUUCUUUUAUGAAUAUGAGAAUGGUAGAAAAAGUGGAGUAAUGGAAGUUGAUGGAAGCUACAUAAACAGACGUGUUUUUUCACUUAGAGAGAGUGAUUUCAAAGGCAUGGAUGAAUCUGGUUUUAUUGACUUGAAGCUUGAUUAUUCAUCAGAAUCUAAGCAGCAUGAUUUCAACAAUGCAAAGAUGGCUGAUAAUAAUAAUACACUCUCAGGUUCAGGUUUUGGAAGCAUAAAUGUUGGGGAUGGGGGUUCAUCUUGUAGGAUCAGUGUGAAUGACAGAGGAAUGAAAAGUGGAAGAAGAAAAAACAUCAAGGGUUGGAGAUGGAUUUUCAAAUAUCAUUCAAGGAAAAGAGAUCAAGACCUUAUGUUCAAAACCUGA